ACAGCCGGGUGUCUGCAGCCGGUGUCACCAGGCACUUCCUCGUUCCCGCGUGCGCUCCGGGCGCUGGGCUCUCCACGCCCAGACCGGGCGCUCCUCUGGCGGGAGGGAGCCCGAGGGGACCUGUCGCAACAGCCUCCCUCCCUCUGUCCCCGCCUCGGCGCACAGUCGCCUCCCAGAUGAGCGCGCUGGCAGAGGCUGGCCGGCCACGGGGCGUUGGGCAUGUUCCUUGAGCGCACACAGCCGGCGGCCCCCGGGCCCCAGCGCAGCUUGGAACGGCUCAACCGCACCCGCUUCCCCUUCUUCUCCGACUCCAAGGGCGACCACCGGCUAGUACUGACAGCCGUGGAGACGGCGGUGCUGGCGCUCAUCUUCAUGGUGUCGCUGCUGGGCAAUGUGUGCGCCCUGGUGCUGGUGGCGCGCCGACGGCGCCGGGGCACAACCGCCUGCCUGGUCCUCAACCUGUUCUGCGCCGACCUGCUCUUCACCGGGGCCAUCCCGCCGGUGCUGGCCGUGCGCUGGACCGAGGCCUGGCUGCUGGGCUCGGCCGCCUGCCACCUGCUCUUCUACGUGAUGAGCCUGAGCGGCAGCGUCACCAUCCUCACGCUGGCGGCGGUCAGCCUGGAGCGCAUGGUGUGCAUUGUGCGCCUGCAGCGGGGCGUGCGGGGCCCGGGGUGGCGGGCGCGGGCCGCGCUGCUCGCGCUCAUCUGGGGCUACUCGGCGCUCACAGCGCUGCCGCUCUGCGUCUUCUUCCAAGUCAUCCCGCAGCGACUCCCGGGGGCCCAGCAGGAAAUUUCUAUUUGCACACUGAUUUGGCCCAACGUUGCCGGAGAAAUUGCUUGGGAUGUGUCAUUUGUGAUUUUGAACUUCUUGGUGCCAGGUCUGCUGAUUGUGAUAAGUUACUCCAAAAUUUUGCAGAUCACAAAGGCAUCAAGGAGAAGGCUCACAGUGAACAUGGCUUACUCAGAUAACCACCAGAUCCGAGUAUCCCAGCAGGACUUCCGGCUCUUCCGCACCCUCUUUCUGCUCAUGAUCUCCUUCUUCAUCAUGUGGAGCCCCAUCAUCAUCACUAUCCUUCUCAUCUUGAUCCAGAACUUCAAACAAGACCUGGUCAUCUGGCCCUCUCUCUUCUUCUGGGUGAUGGCUUUCACCUUCUCCAACUCGGCCUUAAACCCUAUUCUCUACAACAUGUCACUGUUUAGAAAUGAGUGGAGGAAAAUUUUCCACUGCUUCUUAUUCUCAGAAAAAGGAGCCAUGUUUACAGACACAUCUGUCAGGAGAAACGAUUUAUCGAUUAUUUCCAACUAGUUUCUUUUUUUCCUAUAUAGACAGUUUGUCACUCUUCAGCAAGCUAUGAUAUGCUUUCAAAGGAAGUUAAUUUCCAGGAUAACCACAUGAGUGUGCCCUGAUUUAAGAAAAUUUAAUCUGUGCAAAUACAUACAGUACCUGCAAAUCAAAGAGUGAUAAUUCAGUGCAACCAUCUUACCCUUUAUACAAGGACUUGCAAUGGAUUCUUUUAAGUUUAAUCUUUUUCAGUGUGUUUGUUAUGUGAUUGAAUUUAAUAAAUGUUUAUUUAUGACUA